CACAGAUGCACGGCAUCAGACACCGGAGUCUAUCUACGAUCUACGAUCUACGAACGUGGUUGUCGGAAGUAAUCCUCGCACGUUCGCAUGACAUUUUCCUUUCAAAAUCCCAACUCAGUAAGUUCAGUAUGACUGGUCCAAAUAUUCUUAUCCUUUCAUAUCACACCCCCGGUCGUUCAUGUAUUCAUGAAGUCAAUCCACGGCCAUGGGAUAGAUAGCAUUGUUGGAUCUUUACUCUCCUCAAGAAAGAUAGUAAAAGUGGGGCUCGAUGGAGGGUCAGGAGCAGGAGAGAAUUCGGACGUCCGCGUCGAUCGAUCCUGUCCGAUCACUGCCACACUCCAUCUCUUCCCUCCCUUUCUUCCAUCCUUCUUCUUCUCGUUGUAGACAAUCAGACACGGAACAACUCUUACCAGGGCAUGAUUCCAACGUCGACGUUGAGCUUGAACAUCAGUCUCUUCCCCAGUAUAUAUGCAAGAGGUCGAAAGGGGGUUUGAGAAGAAACAAACCCCGGGGGAGACAAGACCAGAGAUAUCUUCGCAACCGAUAUUUAUCAAGCAAAAGCGGUUGGAUGAUGUUUGGAGCUAUCAUUGGAUCCUUAGGUGCCAUGUGGGUAAUCUUGACUGGACGUCCGUGUAGACGUUCGUCCUGGUCAGGAGAAGGAAUCUCCCCUCAGUCUUCUCCCAGUUCGCCAACCACGCCGAAGCAUAUCAGCCAAUUGAAUCUUCGCGGUGUCAAACGGAAUACCGCCUAUAGUCAUAAUGAUGAAAUGCAAGGAACCUCAUCGUUAAUCCUCGCUCUGUCUCUAGGCUUCGGAGCUAUAGAAGUUGAUACCUACCUCGCACCCAUCACCGGACCAUAUACCAAGGAAAAUACCGAUAUCCCAACCUCCUCUCACCUUAAUCCGGAUCUCACCCUGCUGGUAGGACACGAACUUCCCGAUCUUGAUUCUUCCCGCACUCUCUCGAAAAUAUACCUAGACCCUCUGAUGGAGAUACUCGAUAAGAACAAUGCGGACGUGGAGAAGAAUUGGGUAGGAUUGUAUCCUGAUGAUCCUACCGCCGAGGUGAUUCUCUCCAUCGAUAUGAAAAACUCAGGGGAAGCCAUUUGGCCAUAUCUAGUGGAAGCUCUUCAACCUUUCCUCGCCAAAGGUUAUUUGACGACGUACAACACUACUACUUCAACUUGGUCCCGCGGUCCUCUUAUGAUAGUGGGAACCGGUGACACUCCCAUUCCAGCCGUAUACCAUUCCACACUUCGUUACAUCUUCUACGAUGCUCCUCUUCUCACAAUAUCAUCACCCAUUACGAUACCUAAAACAUCCUUCGGUCCCUCGACAUCAUUCGAAUGGAAUGGGACAAUCUCUCCUAUCGCAUCGUCGAAAUUACCAUUGAGAUAUCAUCUGGCUUUGCUCAUGCCUAAAUGUAAUGUCGUGGUGGAACACAUGCGUAAGUAUGCACAGGAGGCUCAAGCUAGAGGAGUGAAGAGUAGAUGGUGGGGAGUUGCUCGGAUUCCUAGAGAUGUGAGACAAGGUAUGUGGGGUGUUCAACGACGUGGAGGUGUGUCAUGGAUGAAUGGAGAUGAUUUGACCGAGUUGGGGGAUUGGUUAUUGAGGCAUCCUCUUGAAGGAAGUGAUCGGAAAGGGAGAAGGGAGGAUGGCACUGAGAAAGAAGAAGAGAAUAGAAUGACCAAGAGAGGAGAAGUGUGCGUAUAAGAAGUAUCGUAUUGGACUUUGUUACGAUUGUGUAGUUCUACUUGUCUGUGUCCCUAGUUAAUGUCGAAAUGAUCAUGAUCAGUUGCAUGUUG